UGUUCAAGAAGGAUGGGAGGUGUAGGUUUGGAGACAGCUGCCGUUACAAGCAUAUAAAGAGGAACAAGAUAACUACCAAAAAUGAUAACACAUCCUCCAGAAUAUGUCCUCUCUUCACAUCAAAGGAAGGAUGCAAAGGUGGGUGCAAAAUGGCCCAUGCUUUUAAGGAAGACACUGAGUUGCUUGAAAUGUUCGACAAUGGGAUUGGCAUUAUCAAUAUACAGAUGAAAGAAAUUGACAAGCUAAAACUUCAAAUGGAAAUGAUGCUGAAGCUUGGGGAGAAAGACAUGUAUGAUCUACCAACACCAACACCCUCUGACACAUCUACCAUUUCUUCUUCCCAAUAUGUUAGUUUUACACAAAAAACGGGAAAUCCACCAUCACUAACAUUUAGUUCAUUUCUUGGACAAUCUGAUAACUCAAGAUAUAAACAUGAAACAAGGGCUACACCAGAUGAUAUCUCUGAAGAAUCUACCAUGUCAUCUAGGCUGCAAACUUUGCCAAGGUCUGAGACAAAUGUUGCCAAUGUUUACAAUGAACUGCGUGGAGAUGAAUACGUUCGUGAGAUACAACAGAUAGAGAGAUUGUAUAGAGGCAAAUGUCAGGUACUGAAAAAUGAUUAUGGUGCCAUGCUGCAGAUAGUUAUGAAACCAACAGACCCAGACUGGAAUCUUACCAUACUUGAAAUAAAUCUUGAUGUUUUUGUUCCACUUGAAUAUCCCACUGCAAGUUGUAGCAUUGAGUUCUGUGAUGAACGAAUCAGUGAGUCAACAGCAGAGUCCAUCAACACUGCGAUAAAGGAAGAAUUGGCAAUGCGUGAGGGUUCACCAUGCCUGCGUCCAAUGUUGCGAUGGAUUGAACGAAACAUUAAAGAUAUGCUGCAACCAGAAUCUCAAUUUCACACUCAUUCCUCUCUAAAAGUUUACAAAAAAGGAGAGAUAGAAUGGAGUGACUCUGGCUCAGAUGGCAGUAUCGAAGAGGAUGAAACUAGAGCCGAUGUUUCUGCACCAGUGCCAGAUCAAAGUGGAGAAUUCCUUGACAAGGAAGUUGGAACUUCAAUACGGCUUAUAGACAUCAACCUUCACGGCACAAGUCACGGUCUGGUCCCUCAACAAAUCCUCUUUCUUGUACAGUGUCUAAGAUGUAAAACACAGGUUGAACUUGUUGUUGCUCCCAACUCUAGUAAGAAUGUAGCCUGUCCGCGGUGCUCUUGUGAAUUGGUGUGCAAGCUUUACAAGAAAUUGUGUCUGCCUGGCACUGUGUCCAUAGCUUGUGUUGAUCUGAUCGGGUGUAGUGUUGCUGAUGUUAUUCUUUCCAGAAGUCAGAUUUUGAGUAUCUGUACAGAGUGCUCCUCCUCAACUUCUCUCGGGUUGCCAUAA